AUGGGUGCACAACACACGGAUACAGACACCUACACGUACACAGCAGCAUCCUCCGAAUCGAGAGCCAAGAGUAGAACGGCCACAUCAAAUACUCCAUCAAGGAUGCCACGUCCCAGCCUCGUCCUUAGCCUCCUCACAGUGGCCAGCCUGCUGCUGCUCACGAUAGACGCCACUCCCGUCUUUGUGGAUAAUCCCAGCUUAGCACAGUUCCAAUCUGGUCGAAAUAUCCGCCAUCUGCCUUGCAUUGUUCGAAAAUCGGGACGCUCGGGAGUCUGUAUGUUCGCCAUUGACUGCAUUAAGCAGAAUGGCACCCAUUUGGGCACCUGCAUCGAUCGCUUUUACUUUGGCUCUUGCUGUGCCCUAAAGGAGGAAGCCUCACUCUUUGCGCCAGAGAUCAAUGAUAAUAGCAUCGACCAGAACACCAUCUCGCAUUUUGCCCAUGAAUCCACUACACUGCCCACCAGUGCCCUCUUCAAGCUCACCACCGAGAGCAGUCUGUCCACCACCCACCAUCAGAGCCCUCAGUCAUCCACCAACGAGCUGCUCAAGAACGUCACCCAGUCGUACCUGAGUACCUCCAAGCCCGGUGCUGGGGCCAGUACUCUCUCCUCCACCCGCCGCCCACCACUGGCCCACACCACCCACAAGAACUCUCACUUUGUGGUCCGGACCACACUCAAACCCAAUGGAGCACCUGCUUCUCCUUCUUCUCCUGCUCCCUCGACGACUACGUCUUUACUGCCAACAGUUAAGCCGCCGCGACGACGCACCACGACGGCCAAACCUGUGCUGACUACGGCUCCGGUGGUGCAGGAGCAGCGCAUUGAAACCACCUCGGUGCCCACAAAGUUUGUGACCUUCCAAAUAGUGGAGACCACAACGCCACCGGUGACAGAACCCACCCGUCAGCAGCAGGAGACGACCACAACGGGAGCUCCCACCAGGCGACAUACCAGACCCACGUCCAGCAGUUCAGCGGCCAGUAGGACGACCAGCAAACCCACAACAACUCCUAGCAGCCCUCCAACAACCACGACAUCAACAACAACCGCGGCACCCACAACUCCAACACCCACCAAAGCUGCGGUGACCACCCCACGUCCCACACCACCAUUACGCACCACUACGCCCAAACCCCACAAAACCCAUUCCAGCCGGAGACCACCAUCCAAGAAACCAGUUGGAUCAACUACCACCACUUCCAGUGGAUCACAGUCCACGAGGAAACCAAUUGAUAGCCUGGCGAGCAGCAGCACUGUCACUUUGCAUAACAACACAGCUACUACAGUGCCGGCUCGAAGGCCAGUGAUCCAAACGAGCAGCAGUAGCAGCACCUCCUCCACCUCGACAACAAGCAGCACAUCCUUCAAGGACGAGCUCAACAAGAACCAGACAACCAUUAAGGUGCCAGAGCGCACCACUCAGGCGCCACGUCCCAAGCCCAAACCCACUGCGGAAAUCGUAAAGGUGCCUGCUCUCCUGGCAGAACCUACAAGCCAAUCCACAACUGCCGUCGACACCAGUAGCAGCAUCAGCAGUAGUAAUCCUCCCAAGACCUCGCCCAGUAGCACCACUCCACUUUUGGUGACCAAGAAGAAGCCCAGCAGUACCACAGCAGGAACAACAACCACGACAACCACUCCGAAGCCUACCCGUCGAGCCACCACAAAAGCUCCAACAACAACCACCCCCAAGCCCACAACAACAACCUCCUCGACAACUACUAAGCCCAGCACAACAACUACAGUGAAGCCUCUUCUAACCACAGAGGCUCCUUUGAGUGUUCCUGAAACGCCGGCCACCAAGAAACCCGGUUUGAUAACCUGGACAGACGUCGAAGCUGAGCCAACAACAAAUGCCAGCAUUUCCAAUGACUGGCAGCCUGCACCGCCUCCCAAUUGGAUGCCACUGGGCACCCCUGCACCUGAGGCGGCCAAUAAAACAGGCGCCACUACAGCCCCUCCCAGUGCCACCGACAAAGUGGUCAUCUCGGUGGCCACCAGUGUCAGUGAGGUGGAGACUCACGGUACCGCCAAGCCGCACAAGACCACGAAGCCGCCAAGAGUAACAAGUACACCAAAACCACCAACAACAACAAGUACAACAACUACUACAACGACGACGAAGACGACGACCACAGUGAAAACCACCGAGGCUCCAUCAAGCAGCGUAGAAUUGGCCUCAUCUACAUUAUCCUCCGUGGAGCUGAGCAGCGAGGUGGCAUCCAGCAGCAGCAGCAGCAGCAGCAGCAGCAGUACCACCACCAGCAGCCCCGAAACCACAUCUGCCGGUGAAACCACCGAUUAUAGCGGCGAAGAACCAAACACCACAACCAUUGAGGCCACUGGCAGCACCACCGUGGCACCCGCCAAUGCUCUGGAGGGCGUCGAUUACAAGGAAGUCUGCGGUCGUCGCAUGUUCCCCGAGCCCCGGAUCGUUGGUGGAGCCAACGCCGCCUUCGGUCGCUGGCCCUGGCAGAUCUCCCUGCGCCAGUGGCGCACCUCCACCUACCUGCACAAGUGCGGAGCUGCCCUGCUGAACGAGAACUGGGCGAUCACGGCGGCCCAUUGUGUGGACAACGUGCCGCCAUCCGAUCUGCUGCUGCGCCUGGGCGAGUACGACCUGGCCGAGGAGGAGGAGCCCUAUGGUUAUCAGGAGCGCCGCGUUCAGAUCGUUGCCUCGCAUCCCCAGUUUGACCCGCGCACCUUUGAAUACGAUCUGGCAUUGCUUAGAUUCUAUGAGCCCGUUGUUUUCCAACCCAACAUCAUACCCGUGUGUGUGCCGGACAACGACGAGAACUUCAUCGGCCAGACGGCCUUUGUCACGGGUUGGGGCCGCCUGUACGAGGAUGGACCACUGCCCAGCGUGCUCCAAGAGGUUGCCGUUCCAGUGAUCAACAACACCAUUUGCGAGUCCAUGUACCGCUCUGCGGGUUACAUUGAGCACAUCCCACACAUCUUCAUCUGCGCCGGCUGGAAGAAGGGUGGCUAUGACUCCUGCGAGGGUGACUCUGGUGGUCCCAUGGUGCUGCAAAGGGAAUCGGACAAGCGCUUCCAUCUGGGUGGCGUCAUCUCGUGGGGCAUUGGGUGCGCGGAGGCCAACCAGCCCGGUGUGUAUACACGCAUCUCCGAGUUCCGGGAUUGGAUCAACCAGAUACUGCAGUUCUAG